GAAGUUUCAGUCUAUAUGGUGUCUGUGAACCCCAACCCCGCUCCAGGGUUUUACUUUCUCGAUCCCAUGAAUUUGGGUCUUCCUGAACUUAAUUCUCUACCGCCUCGGUAUACGGUGGAGCUCCCUCCUCCUCCUCCUCCGCAAACCUCCAUGUCGACGUUCAGGGCUGAUUCGGUUCAUUUUGAGGACCCGGGAAAGAAGAUCCGGAAGCCUUACACUAUUACCAAGUCUAGAGAGAGCUGGACCGAGAUGGAGCACGAUAAGUUUGUUGAAGCUCUUCAAUUAUUUGAUCGUGAUUGGAAGAAGAUUGAAGCAUUUGUUGGGUCCAAGACAGUAAUCCAGAUCCGUAGCCAUGCCCAAAAGUAUUUCCUAAAGGCUCAGAAAAAUGGGACAGCUGAACAUGUGCCUCCCCCUCGGCCGAAAAGGAAAGCAGCUCAUCCGUACCCACAAAAAGCACCGAAAAAUAUUGCCGUUGUGCCCCAAUUCGCAGGACCAUUUCAAUCUUCAUCUGCAUUACUUGAAUCUGGUUAUACCUACAAACCAGAUUCAUCAUCAGUGCUUGGAAAUCCAAUUCCUAAGCAGGCUUGGCCUUCCUGGAGUUAUGACUCUGUGCCACCUGUCACUGUGUCCCAAGUGACUAAAGACGAUGCUAUAUUUUCCGGACCAAAUUUUGCACCCAACUCUUGUUAUAGUAGUAGUAAUGAAAGCAUUUCGAGAACUUGGUCAUGUGGCGGAACAAUUGCCCGAGGGGAUCAUGGGAAGCAAUCUAGAGUCUUGCCAGAUUUUUCUCAGGUGUACGCUUUCAUUGGCAGUGUCUUUGACCCCAGUGCAAGCGGGCACUUGCAGAAGCUGAAGGAGAUGGACCCGAUAAAUGUCGAAACAGUGGUAAUGUUGACGAGGAACCUUGCUGCCAAUUUGACGAGCCCCGAGUUUGAGGUUCAUAGGAGGUUGCUUUCGCUCUAUGAUGAGGGGUCCAAGGGUGUUAAUCUCGGUAGCUCCUACAAUGGCAUUCGCACUUGCAAAUCAGCGACUGCUAUUCCAACUUCAUAAUAACUCCAGGCUGCGAGGAAAA